AUGCACUGGUCGGUCUCGGUUCCGCUGCUCUGCAGCUCAAUGCUUACUUUCGUCACGGGCGCGCUUGCGCUACAGCCCCGGGCGGAUAAGCACUACGCCAUCAUGGACAACGAUUGGUAUACAGCGGGCUUUGUGCCUUACCUGGUUGCUCUGGAUGGUAAUGUGGAAAUCCUCGGUUUGGCCUCAGACACUGCCAACAGCUGGCAGCCGCAAGGUGCAUUGCACGCCGUGGCCACCCUAGAAGCCGGCAAUUUGAGCUGCAUUCCUGUUUACCCGGGCGCCACAUGGCCGCUGAUCAACACGCCGCACCGCUUCCAGGCCUGGGAGACGAUCCAUGGCAAGUUGCCUUGGGAAGGCGCAUUUGCACCCGAAAACAAAACUGCGGAGGCUGCGGGCAAUGAUCCUACUUCCGGGGAUCCUAAUCGGAUUGUGAAGGAGGCUUUCAAGGAGGGAUUCCCCAAGGGCCGACCGGAGAACUCCACUUCGGCCGCUAAUUUCAUGGUUGAGAUGGUGCACAAGUAUCCUGGUCAGGUAUCCAUUUACUCGGCCGGCGCGUUGACCAAUAUUGCGCUUGCUGUGCGUAUGGACCCGCAGUUUGCGUCGCUUGCCAAGGAUCUUGUGAUCAUGGGUGGAUAUGUUGAUCUGAAUAUGCUUGAAGCCACGGGAAGUAUCAUGUUGGCAGAUUAUCAGUCAGAUAUCAACCUCAUGAUUGACCCCGAGGCCUCCAAGAUCGCCCUGACAGCGGAUUUCCCUAACAUCACCAUCGCUGGUAAUGUUGCCAACCAAGUCUUCCCGACCAAGGAGUUUAUGGAAGAGGUUCACUCGGUUCCAAACCCGUACAGCGAGCUCUUUUAUAAGUAUUACGAUCUCUCUUUCCCCUUCUGGGACGAGACAGCUGCUGCACUGAUGGUCGACCCGUCUAUCUCUGUCAACCAAACAUCAGUAUUUUUGGACGUCGACACAUCAUACGGCAGCCCCAACUAUGGAAACAUCCAUGUGUACCAAAAGGCACUUGCACCCCAAGGUAUCCGGGAGGUUAACUAUGUGUUUGAAGUGGAUGCUGAGAGGCUCACGAACCGGAUCAAGCACGCUUUGCAGUACCCUAAGUCGUGUGCUGAUUUCCAGUAG